AUGAAUCAUAAACAGCCAAUAAGCGAUAAGCGUUACGGUACAGAACCAAUCAGAAAAGACCUCGACCUCAAUGAACCAAUAACGAACGGUUCUUCAGUUGAGGAACCAAUCAACAUCGAGCCUACUGUAUAUCAGCAGCCAAUUAGAGAUGAGCUCGGCGAGAACAGCAUUAACCAUAAAUAUUUAGAAGAUUGGUGGUUAAGCGAAGAAUAUAGUGAUAAUGAACAACAGGAAAGAAAUGUGAAAGGGGUUUGGGAAGACAGAUUGAGGAAUAUCCCCAGAAAAAGUUAUGAUAUGUACUAUUGA